AACUCAGCACGGGGUUGCUUACAGCACAACCCACACUCUUAUUUCUCCUGAUAUUUGCUAUCGCAGUAUGCGAUUAUCAACAUUUGUCUAUUUUAUUUGAGAGUAUCCUACCAGAAUCAAACUUCCAAGCCUCGUCCCACCGCAAUUGACAGCGGAAUUGUCACCUCUACCUCCCCCACCCUUUCAUCAUCAUACUCCAUACAGUCCGUGCCAUAGGAGACAUGGAACGACUCUCGAUUAACGACCACUCUGGUAGUCACCAGCAAGGAAAUGCUCCGCCAGGAUUCCCACCGCAGAAUAACUCACUGGGCCCGAUGUCGCAAGGUCCGCCGCAGUUACCGCCGCAGAUGUUCACGACCGCUGCUCAAUUGCUGGAUUUGACGGAUAAGAAACUCGUCCUAGUGCUACGAGACGGAAGAAAAUUGAUUGGAGUCUUGAGAAGUUGGGAUCAAUUCGCGAAUCUCGUUCUCCAGGAUACUGUUGAGCGGUUGUAUGCAGGCAAUCUCUAUGCGGAGAUCUCCCGGGGUAUUUUCUUGGUUCGAGGAGAGAAUGUGUUGCUUCUCGGUGAAAUUGACCUCGACAAGGAAGACGAUAUCCCGCCACAUGUGCAAAAGGCCCCAUUCGAGGAAGUCUUUAAACUGAAAAAGAAAGAAGAUAGCGAGCGAAAGACUGGGGACAAGAAACGUCAGGGCAAGCUACAGGGUCUUGGCUUCGAGGCCGAACAUAGCGGGGAGAUCCUGUUCUAGGCUAGAGCAAGGGCCUUCUGUCGAUUGAUAUCUGUCUACGGUGCUCUUUUACUGGGAUAUAGGCAGAAUGAGACACUGUUUGCUCGUGAAGGGAAUAGGGCAAAUGUCUCAAAGUGGAUUGAUUUGAUAUGUGAGGCUAAGAAUAAAAGGGCCUUGCAAGAUCGUCGCGGAAGCCAGGCUAUUGUUCUUCUUGGCCCAUCGCCAUACUGCGAUAUGACGAAGAAUGCGGUGGAUGUAGCGGCUUUCUUGGCUUUUCCUAAAGCUUACGAAGUGAUCUGUCAUCUAGUUGACGGUGUCACUGGAACUAUUGGACUAAAUAUGGCUGGUAUGAUGAGGUGGUUGAGAACAAGAUACAGGCUCGAGCCUGGUCAAAUGAUUGGAUGAUAGCGGCCAUGUUUGACGAUUCUGAUGUCUCAUUACGCUUUUCUUUUCUUUUCUUUUGUUUUCCUUUCAACUGUUUUAUUCAAAUAUAUGAACCAAGAACUCGCUGCUGGAUGAGGCAUGGUGCAGUUUGCCUUGCUCCCAGGACUCUCAGGAUACCAUGAAAUACGAGUCUUGUGAAAUCCCUAGAGAAA